UGCUCGCUGCGCUGGCCCCGGAUGGCGGGAGCCGCCCACUGCCCCCCCGCGGCCACGCCGCCGCGGGGCGCCCGCCCUCUAUAUAUCGCACCCCUGUCCGGUCCGUGCCAGGCCACCAGCCACGGAGUGGGCGCCGGACAGCAAGUACCGGCCCGCAGCCAGACCCCCGCCACCACAGCUCCGACGGCCGCCCCGAGCCGCGGCCGCUGCCACCGUGCCCCCAAGGCCACCAUGAAGAAGGAGGUGUGCUCGGUGGCUUUCCUCAAGGCUGUGUUCGCUGAGUUCCUGGCCACCCUCAUCUUCGUCUUCUUCGGCCUUGGCUCGGCUCUCAAGUGGCCGUCAGCGCUGCCCACCAUUUUGCAGAUUGCGCUGGCCUUUGGCCUGGCCAUAGGCACCCUGGCCCAGGCCUUGGGGCCUGUGAGCGGAGGCCACAUCAACCCGGCCAUCACCCUAGCGCUCUUAGUAGGCAACCAGAUCUCCCUGCUCCGGGCGGUCUUCUACGUGGCAGCCCAGCUGGUGGGCGCCAUUGCUGGGGCAGGCAUCCUCUAUGGGUUGGCACCACUCAAUGCCCGGGGCAACCUGGCCGUCAAUGCGCUCAACAACAACACGUCACCAGGCCAAGCCGUGGUGGUGGAGAUGAUCCUGACCUUCCAGCUGGCGCUCUGCAUCUUCUCCUCCACUGACUCCCGUCGCACCAGCCCUGUGGGUUCUCCAGCCCUGUCCAUUGGCCUGUCUGUCACACUGGGCCACCUCGUGGGGAUCUACUUCACCGGCUGCUCCAUGAACCCAGCCCGCUCUUUUGGCCCUGCAGUGGUCAUGAAGAGGUUCAGCCCCGCACACUGGGUCUUCUGGGUGGGGCCCAUCGUGGGGGCCAUCCUGGCUGCCAUCCUCUACUUCUACCUGCUCUUCCCCAACUCCUUGAGCCUCAGUGAGCGUGUGGCUAUUAUCAAAGGCACAUAUGAGCCUGAGGAGGACUGGGAAGAUCAUCGGGAGGAGCGGAAGAAGACCAUAGAGCUGACUGCCCACUGA